UUUCAGAAGUCAGAACAUUGAACACAAGACAAAUCUAGUAUAUAUCUUUAAUACAUAUUUGAAUUAAAGAAAAUUGAGAAUUACCCUUUUUACAUAUAAUAGUUACCCACUCACAAAGUAAUAUCUAUAUUUUCCCUUUAUUUCCAUUUUAUAUACUUAUAUACUUUUUUAAUUAGCAUUGCACCACCUUUUCCAUAUAAAUGCGCACAAACUUGUGAAUUAACAAAAAAUAACAGCAUUGUUACGGAAGCAAAUCUACUUCUCCUUUGUGAAGAACAAAAUGGAUUAUGAUGGUGAUGGAAGCCAAGACAACCAACACUAUACUUCAGUAAACGCCAUGUCAAAAGAGAAGAGGAUUUGUCAUCGUCACAGUCCUCAACAGAUCCAGAUGCUAGAAGCGUAUUUCAAAGAAUGUCCUCAUCCAAACGAAUCACAGAGACAAAAGUUCUGCAAUGAGUUAAACCUUGAGAUAGACCAAGUCAAAUUUUGGUUUCAGAACAAAAGAACUCAAAGCAAAGCUCAAGAUGAGAGAACUUCAAACAUAUUGCUUCGUGCAGAAAAUGAAAAGCUCCAAUGUGAGAAUGCUGCGAUGUUAGAGGCUUUAAAGAAUGUGACUUGUCCACCUUGUGGCGGUCCUCCAUUCGGCAGAGAGGAACGCGAACCUAAUCUCCAUAAGCUGCGUCUAGAAAACCCUCUCUUCAAAGCGGAGAGUGACAGCUUGGCGGCAGCCAAGAACAAGUAUCAACAAACCAUGUUGGACUCACUCACUUCUGUUCAAAGACAGCAAACUUUUGAAGCUCUCACCUCAUACGGAAUGAAUCCAUACAAUCCCUUCGAGCAACCUAGCCCAUCAGAAUCUCAAACCAUCCAACCACAACUACUACCCCAAAUGGAUAUACCGCAGCUGUCUGAAACUGCGGCAAUUGCGGUUGAAGAGCUUAAGCAGCUAUUUCUUACCGAUGAAGCUCUUUGGGUUAUGUCGUCUAUCGAUGGAACAUAUGUGAUUGAUCAAGAGAGCUAUGAGAAGUUCUCGCACUCAAUCAAACAUUUCAGGAACUUGAGUGCUCGUGUCGAGUCUUCUAAAGAUGUCACGGUGGUUCCUAUUGAGGCAACAAGCUUGAUUGAUAUGUUCUUAGAUUUGGAGAAAUGGAAAAUGCUUUUUCCAACGAUCGUGAACAAGGCCAAGACGAUUCAUACGCUCGGAUCCGAGCUUCCAAUAAAAGAAAACUGCAAUGUCUUGCAAAUGAUAUGGGAGCAACUACACAUAUUGUCGCCACUAGUGCCACCAAGGGAGUUUAUGAUUGUAAGAUGCUGCCAACAGAUCGGUGAAAGGCUCUGGAUUAUUGCUGAUGUGUCACAACACAUCGUUAACUCUGACCAAUCGAUCAGUCCAUCUUGUUAUAAACGUCCUUCUGGUUGUCUCAUCCGAUCCUUGCCCAAUGCUCACACCGAGGUAAGGUGGAUAGAGCAUGUGGAAGUGGACCAUACAGCCGAUACACAUAGGAUGUAUCGAGAGCUUGUAAGCGGCGGUUCGGGCUAUGGAGCUAGGCGUUGGAUCGUCACCCUUGAGAGAAUGUGUGAGAGAAUGGCUCUCUCCACCAUCCUAAUCAUGCCGGCUACUGACUGGAGUGAAACUAUACCGACAGUGGAAGGAAGAAAGAGUGUGAUGAAAUUAGGGGAAAGAAUGGUAAAAAUCUUCAACGAAAUGUUGAUCAUGUCCGGAAAAGUUGAGUUCCCGCAGCAAUCGAAAUGUGGAGUCAGAAUCUCGAUCCGGAUGAACAUGGAACCCGGUCAACUACCCGGUUUAGUUGUCAGUGCUGCAUCUUGUCUCUCAAUCCCUCUCACUCCUUUGCAAGUCUUCAACAGCCUGAGAAGCAACGACACUCGUCACCAGUGGGACGUUCUUUGUCAUGGAAACGCUAUCACUGAGACCGCUCGCAUUUCCACCGGAUCAAGUGGAACAAACUACAUCAACCUACUCCAGCCUACGCCACCGUGGGAUAUUGGACAAAAUAUGGUACAAGAACCACACAAGAAGAUGAUGGUGCUACAAGAGUGUUACAUGGACGCAUUAGGAGGCAUGAUAGUGUACUCUCCUCUCGACAUGGCUACAAUGAGUAUCGCUGCCUCUGGGGAAGUCGACCCCUUGAAUAUUCCAAUCCUUCCUUCUGGCUUCACCAUCUCAAGCGACAACAAUCGGGGAACUGUACUCAUGUUGGCUUUUCAGAUCCUUAUCUCUGAUGAAAACAGUAAGACCAGAAAUGUGAGUGAGAAUGCAGCGGACAGAGUGAGUAGAUUGAUCAGCCAAACUGUUCAAAGCAUCAAGGUCAUGCUCAAUUGUCCUCCUGAGUGAGAGAAUAUUCUCUAGAGGAUUCUCUUUUGUUCUUUUUUUUUUCUUUUGGU